AUGUCUCAUUCCGUGAAGCUCGUCCCUACUAAAGCGUUCCAUGACCAAAAGCCUGGAACCUCUGGUUUGAGGAAAAAGACCAAAGUGUUCCAGCAAGAGCAUUAUACAGAAAAUUUCAUUCAAGCAAUCCUUGAGGCUAUUCCAGAAGGAUGCCAAGAUGCGAUUUUAGUUGUUGGUGGAGAUGGUCGCUACUACAAUGAUGUUGUGAUGCAAAAGAUUGCUGAAGUGGGUUCAGCAAAUGGAGUCAAAAAAUUGAUUAUUGGUCAGAACGGUUUAAUGUCUACUCCAGCUGCUUCACAUUUGAUUAGGACAUACGCUGAGAAGGUCACCGGUGGUAUUAUAUUGACUGCUUCGCACAAUCCGGGUGGCCCAGACAACGAUCUUGGUAUAAAGUACAACUUGGCUAAUGGCGCCCCUGCUCCUGAAAAGGUCACAAGUGCCAUGUAUGAGAUAUCGAAGAAAUUAACACAUUACAAGAUUGUCGAGCCAUUUCCUAAGCUUGACUUAUCCAGGAUCGGCACCGACCAAAAGUAUGGGGAUUUGUUGGUUGACAUUAUUGACACAACAGCGGCCUAUGUUAAAUUGGUGAAGGAAAUUUUUGAUUUUGACUUGAUCAAGUCGUUCUUACAGAAGGCACAGUCUGAAUAUGACUUCAAGAUUUUGUUUGAUGCUUUAAAUGGUAUUACUGGACCAUAUGGCAGGGCUAUAUUUGUUGACGAAUUGGGGCUUCCUGAGCACUUCUUGCAACACUGUACCCCGCUGCCAGAUUUUGGUGGUUUGCAUCCUGAUCCAAACUUGACCUAUGCACAUGAUUUGGUAAGCAGGGUAGACGAGGAACAAAUUGCCUUUGGUGCUGCCUCUGAUGGCGAUGGUGAUAGAAACAUGAUCUACGGUGCUGGACCCGCUUUCGUUUCGCCAGGUGAUUCUGUUGCAAUCAUUGCAGAGUACGCUCAAGAAAUUCCAUAUUUUGCGAAGAACGGCAUCCACGGCUUGGCCCGGUCUUUUCCAACAUCCGGCGCAAUUGACUUGGUAGCAAAGGAGCAUGGCUUGAACUGUUACGAGGUUCCAACUGGUUGGAAGUUUUUCUGUAACUUGUUUGACUCCAAAAAGUUGUCUAUAUGUGGAGAAGAAUCCUUUGGUACUGGGUCCGACCAUAUCAGAGAAAAAGAUGGUCUCUGGGCCAUUAUCGCCUGGUUAAACGUCUUGGCCAUUUAUAACAGGAGAAACCCUGAAAAACCUGCUUCUAUAAAGGCCAUUCAGGAUGAAUUCUGGUUAAAGUAUGGUCGUACGUUCUUCACCCGUUACGAUUUCGAAAACUGCUCUACUUCCGACGCCGCCAACAUUAUGAAUCUACUAAAAGAAUUUGUUGAGGACAAGUCCGUCAUCGGUCAGCCCUUCGAACCUUGGCCAUCAGUUCUCGUUGUCGACACAGGAGACUUCAGCUACACUGAUCUUGAUGGCUCCGUCUCAGACCACCAAGGCUUGUUCAUUAAACUAUCCAACGGCACCCGCUAUGUCGUUAGACUAUCAGGCACUGGUUCUUCCGGUGCCACAAUUAGAGUGUACAUUGAAAGAUACACCAACGACCAGUCAGAAUACUCCUUGACCGCUAGUGAAUUUCUGCACGUCGAUAUAGCUGCAAUCCUACAACACUUGAAGUUCAAACACUACAUCGGCACCGAUGAGCCUACAGUCCGCACUUGA